AUGGUGUAUGAAAACAUCAUUGAAGUGACUGAGAACUUUAGUACCAAAUAUUGUGUUGGGGAGGGAGGAUGUGGUACUGUUUACAGAGAUGAUCUCACAAGUGGUCAAGUAGUUUCUAUGAAGAAACUUCAUGUAUCACCCGAUGGUGACUUGGCUAAUCUAAAAAGCUUUACGAGUGAGAUAAGUGCAUUAACAAAGAUUUGCCAUCACAAUAUUGUAUUACUUUAUGGCUAUUGUUCACACCAAAGGCACUCAUUUUUGGUUUUCGAGUUCUUGGAAGGGGGAAGCUUGGGAAAGAUAUUGAGCACGGAGGAUCGUGUAUUAUACUUUGAUUGGAUUAGGAGAGUGAAUGUUGUCAAAGAUGUAGCAAAUGCUUUGUCUUUUAUGCACCACGACUGUUCACCAGUGUAA